AUGACUCUCCAGGCUGACUUUGAUGGUGCUGCAGAAGACGUAAAAAAAUUAAAAACAAGGCCAACUGAUGAAGAACUGAAGGAACUAUAUGGAUUCUACAAACAGGCAACUGUUGGAGAUAUUAAUAUUGAAUGUCCAGGAAUGCUAGAUUUGAAAGGCAAAGCCAAAUGGGAGGCGUGGAACCUGAAAAAAGGUUUAUCAAAGGAGGAUGCCAUGAAUGCCUACAUCUCUAAAGCAAAAGCAAUGGUAGAAAAAUAUGGGAUCUAGAAUACUCAAAAUAAUUCUCACUAAUAACUAACUCUUCAGUAGCUAAUGAACUAACUCUGUUGAGAAAAGUGCAAUACUAACUCCUUAUUGUGUAGUCUGACAGUAAUAUCUUUCGAGCAUAAGCUGUUUGACUGUAAGGGGUAUUUGUAUACAUACUCUAUUUUUAGAUUGUAUCUUAUUCUAAAUAAAUCUGAACCUAAUAAAU